GGCACCCUAAAAUUUUCAAGGGACAAACAUGACUUUAUUUUUUCAAUGGGAAAACCUACAAGCAAGCCCAUGUUAUCUUGUUCUUUUCCUUCAUCUUGUUUUUUUUUUUUUUAGCAAAUCUCUUUCUUAUUUAAAAGAUGAAGCAAGCAAACAGAAUCCUCUCUUUUGAUCUUGGUUUCAUUCCUCAUCAAAUCACUUCUCCCUUUAUAGAAAUCUUAGAUCUGCUUUUAACACAAGGUGGUGGUGGAAUCUCUUCACCAAGUUUAGAUUAGAGACAUAUAAAUACAAAAGAGUUGAAGAAGAACAACAACAAGAACAAGAAGAAGAAACUAGAAGUUACUUAGCAAAGUGGAUCCAAUGCAAGGAAAGAGUUCUCCCCCUCUUGAUGAAGAGAAAAAAGAAGCUUUCAACUUUCCUAUUCCUCUCACACCAUCUCAAAAUCCAAAGGAACAAGCUUCAUCAUCACCCUUUUCAAACUUUCUUAUCACUACCAACCAUCAAAACACCACCUUCUUCCCCACCCCACAUGGUCAAAUAACCACUUCUAAAUUUAUCAAUACCCAAGAUCCAUCUCAAGCUACAAAUCAAGGUAAUGCUGAUAUUAGGAAAAGGCACUAUAGAGGAGUUAGGCAAAGACCUUGGGGAAAAUGGGCAGCUGAGAUAAGAGACCCUAAGAAAGCAGCAAGAGUGUGGCUUGGCACCUUUGACACAGCAGAAGCUGCAGCAAUGGCCUAUGAUGUUGCUGCAUUGAAGUUCAAAGGAAACAAAGCCAAGCUCAAUUUUCCUGAGCGUGUUGCUGUGCCACCACCAUCACCGGAAACCACCACUUCCAUUUCUUCAGCUUCUGCACAACCCUCUUCCCUCACAUCACCACCACCACCACCACUACAUGUUGGUGGCGAUCAUCAAACUCUAGAAACAUCAGAAGAAGCAGAAGGGUUUCCAAGUCUGAUGGAGUAUGCACGGUUGCUGAAAUGUAGGGAUGAUGAUGAUUUCCAACGUGUUGCAUUGGGGCUUUACCAGCACCAUCCCAAUGAGGAUGUUAUCUACGGUUCAUCUCAGCCACCACCUGCGCCAUUUUUUCUGUCUUCUUCAUCUUCUUCUGCAUUUGCAUCUUCAACUUCUCAGGGUGAUUAUGGUUCUUCUGGUUUCUAUAAUCAAGGAGGGAGUGGUUUUGAUGAAGGGAACAAGAGAGGAUCAUAGUUUUUCUUUUCUCUGAAUUCUGAACACUGCAUGAAUGUGGGAAGUGGAGGGUAAUGCCACACUUAAAGAAGUUCAAAUCACACAUCUCUUAUUUGUUUUCUUUUUAAUUCAAAUUAAAAAAUAAUACAUGAGGUCAAAAGUUAAUAAUAUACCACUUUUCUUUUCUUUUU